ACAAUUUUCCGCGCAAUGCGCACACAGUGAAAAGACCAAUAUUAAUCCGGUACAUUUUUCAUAACUUAGUAGGGUACAACAACCAUAGGCUAUCAUUCAGACACCGAGGGAAUAAGAACGGUAUCCACUUCUUAUCCUAGGAACCUGUAUUUUUAUUAUGGAUCAUAAUUAACUGGCAUUUAGAAAAUAUGAUUUUGUGCGUGACUAUUCAUCUGCAUUGAUUCUCAGGCCAAACCCCCUCUGCGUAUAAUAAAUAAAGGCACGUAGAGCCACAUGCGUGUCGUGGUGCGUCGCUUUUGGACUCGAGGCACAUUUAUUAAAAAUGAUCGCGUCCAGAGUCUACCGUUGAGUCGAUACGGGAACACCGUAACCGUGCCACGGCAAAGGUUAGUAUAGUCUAUAGGCGACUGUCCUCUCUGGGCCUAUUUUUCUAGGCUGAAUAAACGUUCAAAUGAGAAGGACCGAUUCACAUAUAUACAUGAAUUAUCUACUAGACUAGGCUAUAUGCAGAAGAGAGUGAGUAAGGCGCGGGUUGAUAGAAAUAGGCUAAAUGCCGGCUUUUACCGGGGUUGUUGAUAUCUCAACGGCCGGUUGCGCGCUGCCUUAUAUCCUGUUUCAGUUUCUUGACUGCUGACGUGACACCUGGAGAGGGCUCUCUCGUUCUUUCCGUGAUUGACCGGAGAAAGGCUCGAGGGCUGUGUAGUCAGGACGGACUGGGCUGCCCCGGUGGAAACGGUUUUCCUGUUGUGUUGUCAGAAGGCGGACCGGUGUUGAGCGUUCCUGGGAGUGUGUAUCCCGCGAAAGGAAAGGCUCCGCAGAGAGAAAGCAGCAGCUGGCUAAACCACGAACCGUCCAGGCAAAAACAGUCUCUGUCUGAACAGAGACUGAGACACUCACCGCCGAGGGAGAGAGAAGGAGAGCUGGACCUAAACGAAAUAAUUUUCUGACCUAAUGAAUAUCUAGCCUUUUACUCCUGCUGAAGCCCUAAGUUUGUUACCAGUCCCAGUCCUUUACUGGCUUUGCUGCUAGCCUUCUACCCAGCGAACCAUGGCCCAGGUCGGGAACGGAUCUGGGAAUAACGCCGACGAUGAGGAUUGUUUUGAAGAUGCCUACGACCGGAUACCCGUGGCUGGUAAAAUGGAUUUGAAGACUUCCAUAGAAGAGUGUUCUAUGGCUCUGAACCUGGUCCUGAACAACAAAUUCUCAGAGGCCCUGGACCUCCUCAAACCAUGGUGGAAGGACAGUAUGUAUCACGCUCUGGGCUACAGUUCUAUCCUGGUGAUGCAGGCUGCCAUGACGUUUGAACACAGAGACAUACAGACAGCCAUGGCCGUCAUCAAAGAGGCCUUAACAACCUGCCAGAGGUUCAGGAAGAGAAACUCUGUGGUGGAGUCUAUCUCCAGUCUGGUGACCAAACAGUCUAAUGACCACCUCAGAGAAGAGGAGAUGCAUGCAGAGAUCUGCUAUGCUGAGUGCCUUCUGCAAAAAGCCACGCUCACCUUUGUACAGGAUGAAAACAUGAUCAGCUUUAUCAAAGGAGGGAUCAAAAUACGCACAAGUUUCCAGAUUUACAAGGAAUGUCAGAAUAUUCUGAAUGUGACUCAGGACCAUAGCAGUGAAUCAUUCAGGCAGUUCGAAGGAGGAGUGAGACUGGGUAUCGGAUCCUUCAACCUGAUGCUGUCCCUCCUUCCUCAGAGGAUCCUCAGGUUGCUGGAAGUCAUCGGCUUCUCUGGUAACAGAGACUUUGGUCUGUCUCAGCUGAGAGAAGGAGCAGCUAGCCACGGUCUCAGAGCUGUCCUCAGUGUGUUAACGUUGCUGCUGUACCAUACCUACGUUACACUCAUACUGGGUUUCGGAGAAGGUACUGGAGAAGGAAACCUUGUAGAGGCAGAAGCCUUACUGGGACCUUACCUCGAGAAGUUCCCUAAUGGUUCUAUCAUCCUGUUUUAUUCUGCUCGGAUUGCUGUGCUCAGAGGAAACUUCGAGAAGGCCCAGUUAAAGUUUGAGGAGUGUAUCUUAGCCCAGUCUCAGUGGAGACAGAUUCACCACCUGUGUUACUGGGAGUUGAUGUGGAGUCACUCCUUCACUCAGGACUGGCUGCAGGCAUACAGAUACGCUGACCUGCUCUGUAAGGAGAGUCGCUGGUCCAAGGCCAUCUAUGUCUACCAGAAGGCUGCUAUCCUCUCUAUGUUGCCUGAAGAGGAGAUCAAGAAGACUGGAGAGAACGUGGUCGAGCUGUUCAGGCAGGUAGAGGGGCUGAAGCAGAGACUAGCAGGGAAGUCCAUACCUACUGAGAAGUUUGCAGUGAGGAAAUCACGAAGAUACAACGCCAGAAACCCUGUUAAACUGGUGGUCCCAGCACUGGAGAUGAUGUAUGUAUGGAAUGGUUUCACCAUCGUAGGGAAGAGAGCAGACACCACAGAGAGUCUCCUCAUCACCAUAGAGAAGACAGAGGAGGAGCUACGCAACGACCCCAGUCCGUCAGAGUACCAUCCUGAUGACCAGUGUCUGGUUCAGAUGUUAAAAGGCCUCUGUCUUAAACACCUGGGAAGACUACUGCAGGCCGAGCUAUGCUUCACACAGGUUCUGUCCAGUGAGCGGAGAAUCAGAUUUGACCACUACCUGAUUCCCUUCACCCUGUAUGAGUUGGGUCUACUCUACAAACAACAGGGGGACUUCAUCAAGGCCACACGAUACAUAGAGAACGCCAAGUUGAACUACAAGGACUACUCCAUGGAGUCCAGGCUUCACUUCCGGAUCCACGCAGCUCUCAACAGUCUCAAGGGAUCGCCUGUCAGCACACCAUAACUACAGCCCAACAACAAUCAGACACAACCGAUUUUACACCAAAACUACAGCCCAACUACAAUCAGACUACAACCGAUUUUACACCAAAACUACAGCCCAACUACAAUCAGACUACAAUCGAUUUUACACCAAAACUACAGCCCAACUACAAUCAGACUACAACCGAUUUUACACCAAAACUACAGCCCAACUACAAUCAGACUACAACCGAUUUUACACCAAAACUACAGCCCAACUACAAUCAGACUACAAUCAAUUUUACACCAAAACUACAGCCCAACUACAAUCAGACUACAACCGAUUUUACACCAAAACUACAGCCCAACUACAAUCAGACUACAACCGAUUUUACACCAAAACUACAGCCCAACUACAAUCAGACUACAACCGAUUUUACACCAAAACUACAGCCCAACUACAAUCAGACUACAACCGAUUUUACACCAAAACUACAGCCCAACUACAAUCAGACUACAAUCAAUUUUACACCAAAACUACAGCCCAACUACAAUCAGACUACAACCGAUUUUACACCAAAACUACAGCCCAACUACAAUCAGACUACAACCGAUUUUACACCAAAACUACAGCCCAACUACAAUCAGACUACAACCGAUUUUACACCAUAACUACAGCCCAACUACAAUCAGACUACAAUCGAUUUUACACCAAAACUACAGCCCAACAACAAUCAGACUACAACCGAUUUUACACCAAAACUACAGCCCAACUACAAUCAGACUACAACCGAUUUUACACCAAAACUACAGCCCAACUACAAUCAGACUACAACCGAUUUUACACCAAAACUACAGCCCAACUACAAUCAGACUACAACCGAUUUUACACCAAAACUACAGUUUUAAAAAUCCGACACGUUUCGGCUGCAUGGCCUUCGUCGGGGAGUACAAAGAAAUAAUACAAUGUCCUCUUUUAAACAGUUUUUCCAAUUGGUCACAAUAUCGAGUACUAAUGAAAGUGUGUGUGUGUUCUGUAUAUAGUAUGGAAAACAUACAAUAUUGUCUGGUAAUAAUGACUAUGUACGCACGUGUAUGAAGGAUGUACACUCUCCCCUUACGUAUUUAUUUGGACAGUGAAGCUAAAACGUUGAAUUCGCCGUAAUACUCCAGCGUUUUGGAUUUGAGAGCCAAGAGGUUUUUAUGAGGUGACAGAAUGGCCCCCUUUUUAUUUGAGGGUAUUUUCAUACAUGUCUGUUGUUACCGUUCAGAAAUGAAAUGCGCUUCAUGUAUCUAGUAUCCCUAUUUGAAGGUUUGAUAAGUAGGCUGUUUGGAUAAAUUCACUUAUAGUUCAUAACAUUUUUUUUGUCAAAGGUUUAGUAUUUUUGGUACCAUAUUCAUAGCACACAUUGACCACUAAGCUUGUGUGACUACAAACUUGUUGGAUGCAUUUGCCGUUUGUUUUGAUUGUGUUUUGUAUUAUGAUGUGCCCAAUAGAAAUUAAUGGAUGAAUAAUGAUGAGUUUAAAUAUAGUACAACCCCCCC